AACGCUCGCUGUUAAAAUCAGGGUCGGUUGUUCCGUCGCUGUUGUGUACGUGCUGUUUAGCGCAGCAAUGUUUCUCUAUGAUCGUUUUGAAAAGCGCGUUAAUAAAUAGGUUUAAUGCAGUGGCCUGAUAUAUCGAUAAUAUUUGGAUGCUGAAUGCGGGCAUUGCUGUCAGCUGUACUAUUUGGACGGACCCCACUGCCAUGAUCCCAAUUUAAAAGGAUUUCUUUCAUAAAUAUUCUGGCCUUGGUCGUUACACAUUCUUCCACUCACAAUGAGACUAUACGCUUAUCUCCUAAAGGACCAUUUACCAAAAAUUGAAUAUUAUUCAAGGUUUUCACCGUCACCUCUGUCAAUCAAACAGUUUCUGGAGUUUGGCAGGGAUAAUGCCUGCGAGAAGACGUCCUACAUGUUUUUGCGAAAGGAGCUGCCGGUGCGUCUGGCGAACACAAUGAGAGAGGUUAACCUACUGCCUGAUAAACUGCUCAGUCAACCAUCAGUCAAAUUGGUGCAAAAAUGGUACAUGCAAAGUUUUUUUGAGUUGCUAGAGUUUGAAAACAGGAAGCCAGAAGACCCACAUGCACUGAAUGACUUCCUGGAGAGUCUUAUUGACAUAAGAAACAGACACAAUGAUGUCGUCCCGACUAUGGCCCAAGGUGUGAUCGAGUAUAAAGAGAAGUUUGGCUUCGACCCAUUUGCCAGCUCCAACAUCCAGUACUUUUUGGACCGCUUCUACACAAACCGAAUCUCCUUUCGCAUGCUCAUCAACCAGCACACUCUCCUCUUUGGCAAUGACAUCAAUCCAGCCCAUCCUAAACACAUUGGCAGUAUUGAUCCCAAUUGCAAUGUGGCAGAGGUUGUGACCGAUGCAUAUGAGACUGCCAAGAUGGUGUGCGAGCAAUAUUAUAUAGCUGCCCCGGAUCUCAAGAUUGAGGAAUUCAAUGCCAAGGCUCCUAAAAAACCCAUCCAAUCUGUGUAUGUACCCUCUCACCUUUUCCACAUGCUGUUUGAAUUGUUUAAGAAUGCAAUGCGGGCCACGGUUGAGCUCCACGAGGGCAGCGAGGAGGGUCUUCCCCCUAUAAAAGCAAAAGUGACCCUGGGAAAAGAAGAUCUCUCUGUGAAGAUCAGUGAUAGAGGAGGAGGUGUGGCUUUACGGAAAAUUGACAGGCUGUUCAACUACACAUACUCCACUGCACCGACUCCCAGUCUGGACUCUAAACGAGUGCCGUUGGCUGGCCUUGGGCAUGGCUUACCGAUAUCACGACUGUAUGCUCGCUACUUUCAAGGGGACCUGAAGCUGUACUCAAUGGAAGGAGUUGGGACAGAUGCUGUUAUCUAUCUGAAGGCCCUCUCUAGUGAAUCAUUCGAACGUCUGCCCGUUUUUAACAAAUCCGCUUGGAGGCAUUACCAAGGAGGCCCAGGAGCCGAUGACUGGAGCAACCCAAGCAAAGAACCAAGAGACGCCUCGAAAUACAAGGCCAAAAGAUAAUUGCACUCCCACCGCACACCAGCAAAACAUUCCACUGCACCAAUUACAUCAUAUUCUCUGUGUUAGCCUGCUAGCGUCUGUUGCCAUGGCAACAUCACAUCAAUGCUAAGUGUUCUAUACUUGUUAGCAUUUCCAGAGCAGAACAAGUGAUAAUUUAGGUGUCUGCUUAUUCCUUCUUUGUACAGCUGCAAAUUUCAGAUAUAGAUUCCCAUUACUGUGUCUUCCAGGGUAGUGUAGAAUGAGGGGUGAAACUUUGUGCCCAUAGUAAGUAGCAGAUGCUUGUGCCACACAGUAGAGCCCCUGUUUUGUUUUCUAAAACAGCCAGAGAAGAAAGCCUGGAGUUUGAGAAGGUCAACACAAAGACCACUACUUAUGCUGCCAUUCAAAAAAUUCGCAGGGAAUAGGGAGGCGGGAAUUGUCCACUGUUUCCAUGGCUACCACUGCAAUUUACUUGGCCCUAAUGGAGACGUAUUUAGAAAAGACUUUGUAUUAUUUAGUAGGUGCUGGAUGAAUCUCAUGAUACCUAUCAACGGCAUUAGGACGACACUGCAUUGUUUUGUUUUUCGUUUUCGCAUCGCGUUGCGAUUUUCAUAUUCAGUUACAUUCUUAAAAUAAUCACAGUGCAUGCCUUAAUUUAUCCUCUGGAAGGAAAAUUGAGUGGAUCUGCAAAAGUGAUGAUUCCACUCAUGGAAGAAUGCACUUUUAAACAAAAUCUAAAUAGUUAAAUACUAUUUAUUUAUUUAUUUAUUAACCCCCGCCUCACUUAUUUUACGCUGUCAUCCAAACUUUGCAUUUGUGGAGAGACAUGCCGAUGUUGUUCUUGACCGCUCUGGGAUAAAGUCAUAUUUAAACGGAGGUAGCAGUUUAUGUGGUAUGUUAACUUAUAGGCCAGCAAUGUAAAUAAAGUAACGGUGGUAAAAGAAGAACGCACACACCAGAACAGCGUAUUAUAGCAUAAAAGUGCUAGUCAUUGUUUUUUUUUUUUGUGUGUGUUAAGAAAGCAGAUUCUGCUUUUAUAAUAUUUUGGCCCAGGAUAUGAUCGCAAGAUAUUUAACUUAUUUUAAAUGGACAAUAACAUUUAGAGAAAGCAUGCAUGAUGCUAAGUCAUAAAAGCAUAGGCGAAGUUUCGCAUUUGUGCUUGGGGGGCACCUGCCAGCAAACAAGAUACUGCAUGGUGUAGAGGUUGCGUCUUUAUGAUUUUAAAAUAUGGUUUAAAUUAUUUAAAACUAUUUUAGCCUUAAAUUACUCCAGUCUCAUAUUUCUAUUUUAUUAAUAGCGGAGACAAAAUCAUAAUUUGCUCUGGUAUGGGGGGCAGUGCCCCCCCUGUCCCCCCAAACUCCACAUUUUAAAAAAAAGUAUGUUUUCUCUAUGACUUCUCUGUCACUGUGUAUAACUGUACAACAUAACCCUCAAUAGAAUAAGUUCUGGUUAAUGUAAUACUGAUUAUGCACUCUUUAGUUUUCGAUUUAGGUCCUUUUUUAACACAAUUCGUUUUAACACCACCUUUUCCGACAUUCCUUCUAAUGAAAUUUCCUUGUUUGUCCUAAAGGAAUGUUUUCCACAGUCUUAAAAUGAUUUCACAUAGGAAAACAGUUUGUGAGUGUUGAGGGCAAUAACACUUGAAAGGAGGGAUUGGAUGAAUUACAGUGUACCAGCUUGCCUGGAACGUUAAUUAUAAGCUUAACUUUGGCCAGACCAGUUGCUCUGUACUGUAUGUGUCUCGCUUUGUGACAGAUCUAAAAGUAAGUAGUACUUGACAUAAAAUACCCUGGCUGUUAUACUUAAUGGUUCUUUUGUACGCACAACUGAAUUUCAGUGAUAUUUGAAGAGUUCAGAUGCAAAAGCCACUAAAGGCCACCUCAGUCAAAAAUGAGUUAAUGAUUGUACCGAAUGCUUUCGACACGUACAAUAGACGGUUUCAUCGGACGCACGCACGUUGUAGUGGUUACGCGCCUGAACCUGAAGUGUGUAUUUAUUUAUCAGUCUGGCUAGCGGCUAAACUGAUCUCUGAAACAAAUUUGUUGAAAAAAUAUUUUUUUGUUUGCUAAAGACAAAGGGAGACGAUGAGCAUGGAUCACAACUGUGUGGAGAGGUUUGGCAGCCAGGCAAGAGUUCAAGGACCUGUAGCUAACAUUGUAUACAUUAAUUUUACAAAAUAAUGUUAGCUCAGUGUAAUAGUUGAUAUGCGUUAGAUAGGAUAUGUGAUUUUUCCUUGUUAUCAGAAAUAAACUGCCGUAAAAGGAAUCUGAUGUUAUUGAUUCUAUGUGGAAGUUUACUGGAAGUUGCGUUUAGUCCACAAAAGCUGUUUGUUGAUGACCUUGCUGCUGUAAUUGUCUAUACGUACAUCAAAUACUUUUGCGUCAAAUCUGCUUAAUACCGCCCUCAGGUAGAGCUGGGCAAAAAAUUGCCUGCGAUUCUCAUGCGUGACUCCUCAGUAAAGCCGGUUCGUUGAUUAGUAGUAAAUCGCCAUCAGCUGCUUUCAGAUGGAGCGCCAUUUACUACACAGAGCCGUAUUACACAGAGAAUCUCUUACAAUGUCGGAGGCGAUUUCCCACGAUUUUGAAUGGGAUUUUACGAUAUUCUUUGUGAAAUUCGUCUCUGUGUAGUAAAUGCCGCUCCAUCUGAAAGCAGGUGAGAAUUCAGAAAUACCGUUUUUUGGGCAGCGUUAAAUAAUAGUCUGAUAAAAAAGAAAUCAUGCAGAUGCACUUAGCUGGUUUUGCAUCUGAACUCUUCAUUUCUAGAGUCUUGUUUUGAGUUUUUGCAUUCGAAUCUGAAUAAGAUGAACAUUUGUGCAGUAUUGCUUAACUUUGUGUAUUUAUUGCAAUACUCCUAAGUGAAUCUCUUAAAAAAAACCAAGUCAUAUUUUAUUAUAAAAUUCAAAGGAAAAUGCAUAAGGAAAAGAUGUUAUGCUUGCAUUACAGAAUGAAAGUUGGGGAGAAAAUUUGCAAAUUUAUGAAAAUGCCACAGUAAAUGAAAAGAUUAAGUGUUGUUAAAUAGGCUUCAUUUUUUUUAAUACAAAAAUAUAAAGUUUAUAUUAUUUGAAUUUUUUUCUAGAGAUUCACCAACUCCAACUUUGCAGGCAUGUUAUUGUUUUAUAUAGACUGUCUAUAUACCGGCUGUAAAUCUGCAAUGUUCAUUUAAAAUGUUUGGUUAGUGUACUUAUGUUUUUGAAGUAUAAUUUUCAGUAUUUAUUUUAGAAGAUUUAAAGUGGUUUGCUAGUUUGUGUGUUUUAUUAAAUCAAUGAAGAAAGCACUUUGAUGCCUUGAAUUCCGAAUGCUGAGAAGAGAUGAAGUUAAAGGGAUAGUUCACCCAAAAAUGAACAUUUUGCCAUUUUUACUUGCCCUCAAACCUGUAUAAAUUUUUGUGUUCUGCUGAACACAAAGAUGAUAUUUUGAGCCUCAUUGACUUCCAUAGUAUUUUUCUUUCCUACUAUGAAAGUUAAUGAUACUCCUGUUUCCUGCUUGAUUACAGAUAUCUUCCUUUGUGUAAAAUGUAUACAGGUUUGUAACAUGUAAAUGACAAAAUUUUCAUUUUUGGGUGAACUAUCCCUUUAAAUGUAAGAAUACGACCUGUUUACCUACAAAGAAAUGUUGAUCCUAUUGUAAUGAGCUGAUAUUUUCAUUGUGUCUUGCGAACAUUGUAUGUGCAAAACGAACAACGAUUUAUGUGUUUUAUGUGAUGAAAAUUGUUUACUUUGCAAGUAAAACACCACUGCUUUUAGAUAAAUGCAACAUGUUUGAAACAUUUUAAACUGGAUAAGCUUAACCUGUAAAACUAAUUACGUGUUAGCUGAUUUUGUGUGUUUAGCUGAUAUUUUGCAACUGAUAUAAAUCAUUACAAUGAGAACAUUGAUCUACUGACACAUUCCAUCUGAAGUACUAAUAAACAGUCAAUCUCAA